AUGGCAUCCCUGACCCAUGCGAAAGACGGUGACGAGGAGGUUGCCGUGGUGGAGGGAGUCCCGGUGGAAGAAGUGCCGAAGCCGAGCCAACAGGUGGCCCAGGACCGAGACGACCACGGAGGCCACCACCACCACGGAAUCCCCGACCAACUGGCUCAAGAGGACCACCACGGUGGGCCUCCCGUGAAAGUCCCCGCACCUCAGGGCUACGGCGCCCCACCCAUCUCCGGCUACGCUCCACCCCGACAAGCCCCGCGACCGGUCCCGAUCCCGGUCCCUCUCCCCGUUCCCGUGAGCCCCGCCACGAUCGUCUUACCUCAACUCCCUCAGAAGAAGCGAAAGAAGCCCGGACCCGGCGCAUACAGCAUACCUCAACCCUCCAUCCACCCCCGACCAAACUUCGGCGGUGACUUCGGCGGUGACGACUUCGACUUCGACUUCGGCGGCGGCGGCGGUUACGAAGUGCCCCACCUCGGUGGAGGCGGCCCACCCCCACCCCUCCCCCCACCACCCAAAGGACUCGGCGGACCCCCACCCGGCUACUUCGGCGGUCCUCCCCCGCCCCCCAUCCACGGCGGCCUCCCACCCCCACCCCCCGGCCACGGCCACGGCGGCCACGGCGGCCCCCCGCUUCUCCCCCACCCACGACCCGAUGCCUUCCCCGGGCCCCAGCCGGGACCUGCAGAUCCCUGGCCGCUCGCCCAACCGGAGAUGCCAAAGAUCGUCGCACUGGACGUGAAAUGCGAGAAGAACUUGAUGAAAGUCUCCAUCCAGUUCGACAAACCUUUCCACGGCAUCAUUUUCAGCAAGGGUCAUUAUUCCAACGUGAACUGCGUGCACCUGCCGGCCGGGCUCGGCCGGACGUCGGCCCACUUCGACAUCUCCAUCAACGCCUGCGGGACGUCCGGGAACACCCAGAACGGCCUCUACGGCUACGGCACCCAGUCCGGGGCCGGGACCUACUUCGAGAACACCAUCGUCAUCCAAUACGAUCCCCAGGUGCAAGAAGUGUGGGACCAGGCUAGGAAGCUGCGUUGCACGUGGCACGACCAAUACGAGAAGGCGGUCACCUUCCGGCCCUUCCCCGUCGACAUGCUCGAGAUCGUCCGGGCCGACUUCGCCGGCGACAACGUGGGCUGCUGGAUGCAGAUCCAAGUCGGCAAAGGUCCGUGGGCGUCCGAGGUGUCGGGCCUGGUGAAGAUCGGCCAGACGAUGACCAUGGUCCUGGCCAUCAAGGACGACGACAACAAGUUCGACAUGCUGGUGAGGAACUGCAUGGCCCACGACGGGAAGCGGGCACCCAUCCAGCUGGUGGACCAGCGAGGAUGCGUCACGCGUCCCAAGCUCAUGUCCCGGUUCACGAAGAUCAAGAACUUCGGGGCCUCUGCGUCCGUCCUCUCCUAUGCCCACUUCCAGGUGGUGACGACGGAAGACCUCGCGUUCGAGUUGGACAGCGUCUCCUCGAACACGACGACCGUGGUGGUGCCGAUGCAGUCGAGCGACCUGGAGGGACUCAUCUGCAUGUCCACGCCCGGGUUCGCAGCGACGCUCAUCGUGCUCCUCGCCAUCCUCAUCGUGUCGUGCCUCCUCUCCGCUUUCCUCUGCAUCCGGUACAGGGCCUUCCACGAGCCGGGCCUCGUCGCCGCUUUCGUCAACCCGGUCUUCAAGAAGUCCCCGUUUUGA